AUGACUACCAAGAGAUCGCGCGGCGCCUUCGAGGCCGAUCUUCAAGCCGCGCAGUCUCCUUACGUUUUCUAUGGCACACCACUUCCUCCUCUCGACCCCGGUACGCGCGACGAUGGUUCCUACGUCCCCAUCUGGAAGCAAGAAGUCACUGAUGAACGAGGACGGAAGCGACUGCACGGCGCCUUUACCGGAGGUUUCAGCGCCGGGUAUUUCAACACGGUGGGCUCAAAGGAAGGAUGGACACCGUCGACUUUUGUAUCCUCUAGGCACAAUCGUGCAAAAAACGCAAAAGUCCAGAAGAUUGAAGACUUCAUGGAUGAAGAAGAUAUUCGCGAAGCCGAGGAAUCCAAACAGCUACAGACGUCCGAGGAUUUUGCUGGACUGGGCGCAACGCAAUCUCAGGCCAUAGGCAGGCGUGGUAUUAUCGAUAUUCUCAAAACUGAAGGUGAAACCAUGGGGGUCAAACUAUUAAAAAAGAUGGGUUGGAGAGAAGGGCAGGGCAUUGGACCCAAAGUGAGGCGAACAGCCAAUCUCGACGAUAGCAGCACCUUAGCUCAAGAUGAUACUCAUCAACCUGAAACUCAUUUAUUCGCCCCUUCAGACUCGCCGAUGGUUACAUUUGUGCGAAAAGUAGAUCAUUUUGGUCUUGGCUUUCAGAGGGAAGAACGACUUGACUCCGACUUGCGCUUAAAGGAUGAUCAGGCUCAUCAGGAGAACUACGAAGAUGAAACUAGUGAUUCAUUUUUUGGCGGGCGGCUAGCGACGCAGAAGCCGAAACAAAGUAAGCCGGUUCCACGUAGAGGAGGAUUUGGAGUGGGCAUUUUGAACGAUACUGGCUCCGACGACGAAGAUCCGUAUUCGAUGGGACCCCGAAUAUCCUACAAUCGUACCAUAGGAGGCGAUAAAAAGAGAAAAAAGAAAAUCAAAGGUCCUGAAGAAGGGAAGACGGUGGGAAGGGCAGCUAAUCCACUUCUAAGCAACAAACCCGUUUUUAUCUCCAAGAAAACAUCCCUAGCUGGGUUUCGCAAGUGUCACGACGGACGUCUACCACUUGACGGCUUCGUUCUCGCAGACGCCAUUUCUGGCUUGUCACUUUCUGCCGGCAGAAAUUAUGCACCACCAGAUAUACCUCCAGGUUGGAAGUCAUCUAAGGUUCCUGUAGCGCAAAGAGACUCGUCCAAGUACAUGUCAACGGCGGACGCGGCUAAGGCGUCGAAUCUUGACCCAAAGUCUCGUGCCGAGCUGCUUGGCGAGGAACAGCUUCCAGGAAAAUCCAUAUUUGAUUGGAUGACCCCAGAGGCUCGUGAGAGGCUUGUCAAAGCCACUGGCAGGUCUGAUCUUCCACCGGCCUUGGGAGAAAAAGCCCCUAAAGGUUUCCAAACAUCGGAGGCUGAAAGGCGUAAAAAUCUCUGGGAUCUUGUGCCCAAGCUUGACAAGGCUGCUGCUGUCCAAGCUUUGCAAAGAGCAGUCGGUGGUUGGAUGCCUUACUCUGAGGAUGAAAACAAGAGAGCGCGCUAUCGCACGUUUCUAGAAGUAUCAGCUGGUUUGAAACAAGACCUUCCGGAUCGCCUGCCAGGAUCCACAACAGAUGACUGGGUAAGAGAGAUGCAAGAGUUUACUAGGGCAGCUGAAGUCUUUAAACCAAUAUCCGGUGUUAUGGCCUCGCGAUUCACUUCCGCACGCUCAACGCCGGCAGUGACUUCAAACCAGCCAGAUUCCUCUACCGCUGAUUCUCUACUAAGGCACCCGCCGGCUAAACCGGAAGACCCAGCAGAAGAGGCGGCGAAGAUUGGUAUGUUUGGUCCGUUGACUCGCAGCACAGUAUCGUUCUACCCGACUCGUUUACUCUGCAAGCGGUUCAAUAUCAAGCCUCCUGCACAUGUUCAGAUGGACCCUGGGGAUCAUCCUAUGGGAGGAGUAUCCAGUACAGGCGGAGUUCCUGCAAAGACGACACACUCAGCAGGAAGACUUGAGCUUAUAUCUCAAGAUACAAUGGAUCAACUUCUUCUGGAAUCUGGCCUGGCGAUGUCCGACAAACACUCACCUGCGGCAGAACAGAAACCAGUUGCUAUCGAGCCUGAACGGAAUGAGGCCUUGGAAGGCGAACGACCGGGCGAAGCUGUCUUCAAAGCUAUUUUUGGCAGUGACUCGGAAGAAGAUGAGGAUUAAAUAAUACUUAGGAUGAUAUUCAUGUAUAGUCGUAUUGUAGUUCUAUGCUACAUCUGAUUUCUUUGUCCAGACCGUACAUCCCCUAAGACAUCGAGUUGAUAAAAUGACAAGCUUUCUGAGAAAUAGUGGCUGACGUCUUGGCGGACAGUUUCGAGAUUGAGUAUGAAUAUAAAUGAAUUAUAGUAGAUG